AGUCGACUUUGGGAUUGUCGGUAAUUCUCGCUGACGUGUUUGCUGGCAAAGUUUGGCUGUGAAAAAUCUAAUUUUUCUCAUAUUUUAUAACUUGGUGGUCGAUAAUUGGAGUGGAAAGCAUAUUUCUGAAUUUUAUUGUUAGCAGUUAAUGAUGAGUAAAUUAGCAUUGUCACUUGUGGUGACGACCAUUGCAUUAUGCUUCGCAUCCACAUCCUGGGCAGCUCGCACUGUUGACAAUCACUUGUCGGCUGCGGAUUUACAGCGUUUUCAGGCAGUAUUUUCCUCGGCCUUCUCAUCAAAUGACUUGCAAUCGAUCUACUAUGCAACUUUGAACAUAGAACCCACAAAGUCAGAGGAGAAAAAGGAGUUGUGUCAAAAACUUAGUAAAUUCCAUCAAGAAUCAAAAUUGAAUGAAUUUGAAAAAGACUUCUAUUUGGUGGGUAUAUCGAAAAACCUGAAAUGUACAGAAAAGUUGCCAGAACAACAGCUAUCAAAGAUCUAUGCCGCCUUCAAAAGCCCAGCAGCCUCUGCCCAAGAGAUUUUUUAUCGCGUUGCUACCCACAAAUAUUUGGGAGUAGAAAUUGAUGAAGCCACAAAAACAAAGAUUGUGAAAAACUUGCAGGAUAUUUUGAAGAAAGAUGACACUUUAACCAAUUUGGGUUAUGCAUUCAAUGUUGCCUCGGAGCUUGGACCUGCGGCAUCGUUCAUUGCCGACAGAAUAGAGGAUGCAAUUGUGCAAGCAGAUGAAGUUGACGGCAAACUUUUGCAAUUUGAAGGUGGUCUGACAAUUACCUCGCUCAUCAUAAAUGGCGCCUUUAGGACCACAAAGACCUUUGGAAGUGCCUUGCCUAUUGAUGGAGUGCAGGCGGUGAAGUUUGCGAAUUACUUCCUCUCCCGCCGUUCUGUUCAAACCGCCAAGGGGGCACAUGUUUUGAUAGAAGCUUUGAAAACAUUAUCGUCUGCGUCUAGCAAAAUCGCACCUAUCUGCAUUCAACUUAUUGGUAACGGACAGGUGGUUUCCGAAUCACCAUUACUUACUGUUGCUGUUGUCGAUCUCUUGGGCAAGCCGUUGACACCCACUCCCCAGAGUAUUGUGGGAAAAAUAGUUGUGAAGAAAGACAACACGGUUUUGGCAGAGAAGGUUUCAUUUACAUCCAAAUCAUCGGACAAGACUACCUAUGUGGCUGACCUUGCCUCAUACAAACCCUCUCGCGCGUUGUACGUUGUUGAAAUAACAGCUGACGGCACUUACACACAGAAAAUGAACUUUAAGGUAUUGGGAAAAGUUAAAGUUCAGCAAUUGGAAGUAGGUGUUGGUGAAUUAGAUGCUAGUUCAGCUAUAAAGAAACAGCCGGUGGCUUACCCACAAAAGUUAAAGGGACAAUUAUCAGCUGACAGCACCCAGAAGGUUCUUCUAAAGACAGUGUUGGUGGAUGAGAGUCAAGCUACCAAGCCCAUUUCCGUUCAUCAAGCAUUUGUUCGCUUCUACAACGAAGAGGAAGAUAAGGAAAUUAUUUACAUUGCCGAGCAAGACAGCUCCAAAGCCUACAAAUUCGAUAUGGACAUUGGUGCUAGGGCCGGCGAUUUUAGCCAUGUUUCUGGAGUUUAUCACAUGUAUCUGAUUGUCGGAGAUGCCUCAAUUUCCAAUUCAUUCCAAUGGCUGGUAGCUGAUAUAGAAUUAAAAUUCCCAACAGCUCCCAAAGCAGAAGAAAAAAAGGAAGUCGUACGAUCACCUCUGCCAGAAAUCGAACAUCAAUUCCGUACCCCUGACAAGCGUCCAUCCCGCAUCGUUUCCGAUAUAUUCACGGGCUUGUGCCUGACGCCUUUGGUGUUGCUUUUGAUCUUCUGGUGGAAAUUGGGAAUUAACAUUGACAACUUCUCAUUCCAUCCCAGUAACAUUGGUUUCCAUCUUGGCUUUGGUGGAAUUUUGGUGUUAUUCGUGGUAUUCUGGUUGAACAUGGAUAUGUUCCAAACACUGCGCUAUCUUAUACCGAUCGCAAUAUUCACAUUCCUGUGCGGUAACCGUCUCCUGCGACGUAUCUAUGCGCAACGUAUAGCCAAGAAUCCUGCAUCGUCAUCUACAUCUUCAAUGUCAUCUUAAAGCAUUUCACAUUCUAAUAUCUCGUGACUAAUUUUUAGUGAACUAAUGAAUUUUUAAUUGUUUAUUGUGAACUACUACUCCCCCGCCAGCCCGCUGUUGCACUGAUAUAUUACACAGUGAUAUGGCGUUUCAAAUCGAAAUGCACAUAUAUUUAUAAAAUUUUCUUGUACUAUUCCCCAAGAUGUUGUAUGUGUUCCAGUUUUGUAAGCAAGCAAACAAACAAAAUGUUUUUCACAAAAUGUACAUUUCAGCGAUUUAUUAUCGCCACAGAGGAAGGAGUAUUGCUAUGAAUAAUAAAACAAAAUAUAAAAUUUUUAAAAUUA